GUUUAAAUGGUCUUGUUCAGAAAUAUAGUGUUUUUAGCUUCUAAAAUUAAUUUAUCUAACUUAGCGAAUGCAGUUCCUUCUAUGGCUACACACAUUCCCAUCUUAAAUUCAGCAGCAGAAGAAAUAGCCAUAGAAUAUUUGAAAUCUGGUUCUGUUAUAGCUGUACCUACGGACACUGUUUACGGAUUAGCAUGUGAUGCAACUAAUACAUCAGCGAUAAAUAAUUUGUACGCUAUUAAAUGUAGAAAUGAAAAUAAACCCUUGGCUAUUUGCCUUGGUGAAACAAAUGACGUUAAAAUUUGGGCGAAAGUGCAACAACUUCCACCUAAUCUUCUUGAAGCUUUGCUCCCUGGUCCUGUGACAUUAAUUUUACAUUGUGCAAAUAACAAUUUGGAUAAAUCAUUGAGUUUCAGGGAAAAAGUGGGUAUUAGAAUACCAGAUUAUCCUUUUAUAAGACAUUUAGCUUGUGGGUUAGGGAAACCUCUAGCUCUUACUAGUGCUAAUUUGAGUAACGAACCUAGUGCUGUUGAAGUUGCAGAGUUUAGUUCAAUUUGGGGUAAAAUUCCUGCUAUAUUUGAUGGCGGAAAAUUAGGAACAGAUCACAGUGCUUCUACUGUUGUUGAUUUGUCAGAACCAGGAUUAUAUAUUAUUGUACGUGAAGGAGCAGCACAUGAAGAAACGACAAACAUUUUAAAAAAGUUUGGCCUAAAAAACAAAUAUUAACCAUCAUAAU